CUUCGUUGUUUGUUUUAAUUUUUGUUUGCUGUAAAAAUAGUGAAAAGAAGAAAAAGAGUAGAAAUAUUAAUAAAAUGUGGAUACUGAGUGAAUUACUUUAAUAAAUACGUUAUUCACGGAUUGGUUUAAAACAAACUUAAUACCUAACUCAAUUAUUAGAAAAUGUCGAACAAAUCAAGAAUACCAUCGCCCGCGCGUUCCCACGGCGCCGUUACACCAAGGAGAUAUAAACCAAGAAAGAGCAGAAGUGUGGGAUCUCCGUCAUGUUCCAUUGGCUCCACCAGACUAGCACCUGUUGUUAAAGAUGUUAUGGAGUUGUCACCGAUGAUUGGAAGAAGAUCUGUUCUGAAUGAUGGCACAGAAAUUAUUGCUCCUGGAAGGAAUAGUUGGUGGAAAAAUUUGGAUGAAAAUUCAAGAGAAGUGCUGGAUGUGCUGCAAAAUAAAGAAAUGGUUGACGCUAUUAAUGUUCUUGAAGAUUUAGAUGUUGAAAUUUUGAGCCAAGGAACAAAGAAUUAUUCAGUCGAUCUCCAACACAGCAGUGAUGAAGAAUCAAUAAAAAGCAUUGUUAUGCCACAUCGAAAGUUAUUUGCUGGAAAGGAAAACCCUACACAAAAAAAGUUUCAAGACAUAAUAAUGAAAAGAAGAGAAACACUUAACUCGACUGAAACACAAAAGAGUAGGCUAGAGUGGGAUAAAGAUUUAAGUAUAACGCCAAAAAGUCUCUUCAAACGACAGGAGAAAAGACCUCAACCAGUAUUUCCAGCAGCUUUACUCAGUAUUUCAAAUAAUAAGACGAUAACAACUGACAAAACAUUACCACCAAUGCAACCGAAAAACCAAGGACGCCACUUGUUUGGUAAUAGACCUGCAACUAAACAAAAAAACAUGUUUGUAGAUUUCAUUGUUUCUGACAGUGAAGAAGAAAUCCCUGACAUGCAACCGAAAAUUUUUACAUUAAGAAGGCAAUCUCUCCAAAAACGACGCGCAAGCUCAAUUUCCAACAUGAAUUCACCGACAGCAAGUAUAACUGACUUAGAAAUGGACGACUGGAAGCUCUUGCCUUCUUCAACUAUGAUGGAACAUCAAUUUGAAGAUCAAACAACCCCGAAGAAUCCCAGACGCAGCAUUAUAUCGGGAAAUAAUGAAAAACAGAAUUCAACUCAGGUUACUGUACAUGAAAAACAACAACAAAGAGAUAAAAAUGAUGACAAAUUGAUGGAUAUUGACAUGGAAGAUGAAGCUGAUGUAACACUUACAAAUAAAUCUGUUAAGGAAACUUCUAAAACUCUUAACAAAUCUAAAAACAGAUCAAACUUGAGUAACCGUGUAUCUAACAAGUCUUUAACGAAAUCAAAACAUGCUGAAAGUCAUUAUAAUAAAAAAACACAUAACAAAGAAAGGGAAGAUAGUUUUAGGACUCAAUUGAAAUCUGUAGCAAAAGAUCUGAAUAAGAGUAAAAAUAAACAAAAUGUGAGCAAAGCUGCAGAUACAAUUGAUGGUAAAAAAGCAAGUGAUGUUCGUAAUAACGUAGAAAUUAAUGAUAUGAAUGAAAUUCAACAAGAAUCAAGUGAUGAAGAACUAGAAAAUAGCCAACUUCGUUAUGAAGAAGAUGAAGCUAAAAGUGAAGAUGUAGAAAACAAUUCAGAAAAGGCACAAAAACAAACCGACAAAAAAUCAGGGACAAUGAAUGUCAUAGAUGGUAAAUCAAGUCAAAAUUUACACAAAACUUUACAAGAUAAUAAUAGUAGUAAGACAAACAAAAAUAGUUCAAAAGCUGAACUCAACAUAUCAAAACGUAAAAAUAGACAAUCGGCGAAUGAUAGCAAGCGAGAAGGAAAACGUAAAACUAUUGAAAAGAGUACAGAAAAACAUGCUCCUGUUACUGAAGCUGAGCAAGAACUUGAACAAAACCUGGCUGAUAUACAAAAAAAUCCAAAUAAUGUGCAGGGCUUGAAAGAAAAUAGAGAAAAAGAAAAAACACAAAAUAAAAAGGAAAAAGCACAGAUAGAAAGAGAACAAGAACAAUAUGAAGACCGUAAAGUAGAUGAAGAACUAGAGAACAGUGAAUUAGCACAACAAAGUGGAGUUUUAGAAGAUCAAGAGAGUGAAAUAGUCCAAGAACAAGAAAGUGAAGUUGAAGAACAAGAUUGUGAAGAUGACCAAGAAGAACAGGAGCAAAGUGAACAAGAAGAAGAGGAGGAACAACAGGAAAGUGAAGAAGAACAGGAAGAGAGCGUAGACGUAGAAGAGGAAGAACAGCAAGAAAGUGAAAUUCAGGAACAAGAUAGUGAAACUGAACAACAAGAGAAUGAAGCUGAACAGGAAGUUGAACAAGAAGAAGAAAUGAGCACUGAACAAGAACAUGAUAACAAAGAUGCAAAUGAUGAAGAUAUAAUUGACAGUCAAAAUGACGAUAAAACCGACGAAUAUCACCCCAGUGUUGAAAUAGCUAAUUCCAUUCAUGAAAGAAUCAUCACAAAUAAAAACGAAACAGUAAAAUCACCAGAAUCAGUUCUCAAUAAACAAUCGAUUUGCAAAAUGUCAAUAAUAGAAGGACGCAAUACGAGCGUAAGAAAAACAAAAAGUAUAAUACCUACGAAUCUGACUAUACGUCCGAGUUUAGCUCCAACACGCGAAAGUAUAGAAUUCUCAGAUGGAAACAAUUCAAGCGCCAAUAACACUCAUUGGGAUUCACACAGAACAACCAGACAUACUAUGCGACAGACUUUCGGUAAAGAUUUUACACCGAGAAAGUCCUUACGAACUUUGGUUAUGGAGAAAUCAGCAAAGCGUCAAACUAACUUGAACGAUAAUGAGGAAAUUAGCAAAAUGCCGCAAGCGAAUUCCACAGAAUAUCCAGAAUUUGAAAGUGUUCCUGAACAUAUGGAGGUGGAAGACAGUAUUGAAGAAUCAGUCCAUACAGAAUCGAAUCAGGAAGAACAAGACCAUGUAGAAUCGAACCAUGCAGAAUCAGGCCUUGCAGAAUCGAUCCAAGAAGAAUCACAGCAUGCGGAAUCAGAGCACGACGAUUCGGAGCAUGUGGAAUCGGAGCAAGAAGAAUCAGAACUUGUAGAAUCAGAGCAUGCAGAAUCGGAGAAUGCAGAAUCAGCGAAUGAAGUAUCUGACCAUGCGGAAUCGGAGCAUGAAGUGUCAGACCAUGACGUAUCAAACCAUUUACAAUCCACCAAUGAAGUAUCAGACCGUGCAGAAUCAGACCAUGCCGUAUCAGACGAUGCAGAAUCAGACCAAGAAAUGGAACAGGAAGUAUCAGACCUGAGACAUGAGAUAUCAGACAAUGUUAUAUCGGAUCGUGAAGUAUCGAAUCAUGAAAUAUCAAAACGCACGCGUCAGACCACAUUGGAAACAUAUUUGCAAAAGAUUAAAUUGGAGAAUAUCGAGAAGAAACGGAAAAUGGAGGAAGAAAUAAGGAAUUCACUCAAAAUGGUAUCACAAAAUGCGCACGUAUUCAAAGUCCCACUAAAACCAGCUAUCAGAAGAAUACAAAAGACAAAUAAUAAACCAAAAACAUUUGUAAGAAAACCUGCAAUUCCUUUGGCUUUGUUACCAGACGAAAUUUUAGAAGACUUGAAAUAUAAACCUCCAAAGAGAUAUCAACCCAAAAACGCAUCAUGGGCCACUAAAAGAUUGUACAAGUUUCUGGAAACUAAGUUGGAGCCGAAAUACGAUUACAAAGCCCGAGUUCGCGCGGAAAAAUUAGUAGAUGAUAUAUACAAGUUCACUCGCGAUAUGAAACGAUUUGACGUCGCGCCGGAACAUUCUGUGGAUGAGCUGAAACAUGAAAUGGCGCGACUCAAUAUUGUUAACACGCAUUUUGAGUUCUAUGAGUUUAUUAAAGCCUAUAUGCCAAGGGAGGUGCGGCAGAAGGUGGUACCAAGCAUAGUAAAUAAGAUACCAUUGCCGAAGCCGAAUGUAUUUGCGCACAUUAUUCAAUAGACUUUACCUGAAGAAUUAUUUUAUUAAGAUUUGUGUUUUAAGUUUUAAUCUAAUGAUUUGAUAUCUGUGUUGCGUAUUUUUAUGAAUAAUGAUAAUAAAUAAUUUGAGACGUU